CGCUUUCAAUCCAAAUUACCUUGCCCCAACCGCCAACGGGAAAAGCCGGUGCUUUGAUCACCGUUGAAUAAUUAAAUUAAAAUUCACUAGCAUGCGAUCAUUUAAUGCCCUCACUUUCAACCACUUUCGUUCUUCACUUCGGCAACGUAUUGAAUUCCCAUUACUUUCUUACCUCCAUUUAAAUCUCUCUGCUCCGCUCGCAACAAACAAGAACUUCUCCUCAUUCUCUCCUUCUCGAAGCUUCUCUUCCGAUACAGCUUCAGAUCAUAGUAAAUUGAUGGAUGUUUUCAAAGCAGUUAGCAAACAGGGUCAUACAUCAGGUGACCGUAUCGCUAUAAGAGCUGAUAAGAAAAGCUACACUUACUUCCAGCUGGUUUCAUCUGCUUGCAAGAUAUCUAAACUAUUAUUUACUUCUUAUGGAAAAACAGUUGAUGGCACUGCAGAGAAUCUUGGUGGAGCUAGAGUAGGAAUUGUGGCUAAACCUUCUGCUGAAUUUGUUGCUGGAGUACUUGCUACUUGGUUUAGUGGCGGUGUUGCAGUCCCUCUUGCACUCAGCUACCCAGAAGCUGAGCUCUUACAUGUCAUGAAUGAUUCGGACGUCUCCAUGGUUUUGAGUACUGAAGAUCAUCAAGAGCUCAUGAAAAGUAUUGCAGAUAAAAAAACUGCUCAUUUUUCUCUCAUUCCAUCUGUUCCCAGUUCCCAGACAACCGGGCAUGGGAUGUCAGAAGCUGGAGAAAUUGAUGCCAGUGCAAGUUUAAAGAAAAUUGAAAACUCAGAUAAGAUAAAAGGGGAGGACCCAGCAAUGAUUUUGUACACUAGUGGUACAACAGGUAAACCAAAAGGGGUUGUCCAUACACACAAAAGCAUUCUAGCACAGGUCCAAAUAUUGUCAAAAGCUUGGGAAUAUACAUCGGGCGAUCAGUUUUUAAACUGUCUACCAUUACAUCAUGUUCAUGGCCUUUUUAAUGCUUUAUUUGCCCCUUUGUAUGCUGGUUCUGCUGUUGAGUUCAUGCCAAAGUUUAGUGUGAGUGGUAUAUGGCAGAGAUGGCGUGAAUCUUAUCCAAAGGAUGGGACCACGACGAAUGAUGCUAUAACUGUGUUUACAGGAGUUCCAACUAUGUACUCUAGACUGAUACAAGGUUAUGAAAACAUGGAUCCAGAAGCAAAAGAUGCAUCUGCUUCAGCUGCAAGGCAGUUGCGUCUAAUGAUGUCUGGCUCCUCUGCGCUUCCCCUUCCCGUUAUGCAACAAUGGGAAACCAUUACAGGGCACCGCCUGUUGGAAAGAUAUGGCAUGACCGAGUUUGUUAUGGGAAUUUCAAAUCCCUUAAAAGGCUUAAGGAAAGGAGGAACCGUCGGAAACCCACUUCCAGGAGUCCAGACCAAGAUUCUUGGAGAAGAUGAUGAUGCUGGUAAUCCAACUGGAGUUGGUGAGCUCUGCAUUAAAAGUCCUUCUUUGUUCAAGGAAUACUGGAAUCUUCCUGAGGUGACCAGAUCAUCUUUUACUGGUGAUCAUUUUUUUAAGACUGGAGAUGCCGUCACGGUGGAUGAAGAUGGUUACUUUGUCAUUUUGGGCCGUAAUAGUGCUGAUAUAAUGAAGGUCGGGGGAUAUAAGUUAUCUGCAUUAGAAAUCGAAGCAACUCUUCUUGAUCACCCAUCCGUCUCUGAGUGUUGUGUUUUGGGUUUAAUGGACAAAACAUAUGGCGAAAUUGUUUGCGCCAUUAUUGUUCCAGACGCAGAGGUAAAAAGAAAACGUGAGGAACAAAUGAUGCCUGCUCUAAGCUUGGAAGAGCUUUCUAACUGGGCUAGAACAAAGCUUGCUCCAUACAAGAUACCCACCCGACUCAUUCUGUGGGACUCAAUUCCGCGAAAUGCCAUGGGAAAGGUGAACAAAAAAGAACUGAAGAACAUACUAGCUGCCAAAGAAGAUUAGAAAAUGUUGCUUGCUCUUUGUCACUAUAUAGAAUUGUUCCGGUAUCUAGUUUCUUUUGGUCAGGCCUUUAGAGUUAUUUAAGCCGAGUGCCGAGCUCACAGAGAUCCGAUGCACCGAGAGCAGAUUGUUUAUCCUAGUAUUUUUAAAUUACAUAUCCUGAAUAAUUCCUGACAGAAACCUACUGCAACCCAAGCUCAAGCUCAGUAGUCAGUACCCAAAGAUAUGGAUUUGAAUAGGAAACUUGUAUGAGACUAUAGGCAUUAGGUUAUAGCACAUGGAUGCAUUGUCUUCUAUAUGUGGUCAGGAUGUAAUCUUUAUGUUGCCUUUUUUACAAGGAUGAAAAUUUAUAGACUUAAUUUGAACUUCAA